CCUUGCCCUAAUGGAGCUGCUUGGGGAAGACCUCAGACAUGGGAUUAUCUGGUGCUCUGAAGAAGUACAGAGUCCUUGGGAAUCUUAAGAAUAAGACCCAGUCUUUGAGACAUCCCAGCUUUUCCCCUGACGUUUUGUGAUGCCAGGGUGCAGUUGGCAGUGCUGAAGCAUGUGCGGGAGGACGUCCUGUCACUUACCUAGAGAUGUCCUCACAAGAGCUUGUGCCUAUCGGGACCGGAGGCCAGCAGCGGCUCCCCGAGAUAUCCCCACAAGUAUUACCCCUCUUACAACAAGCCCCCAGACCCACAGCCCAGUGCUUCUGUCUCGACUGCACUUGGAGAAGGACGCAGACUCAUCUGAGCGUGUCAUUGCUCCUAUGAGAUGGGGCUUAGUCCCAUCUUGGUUCAAAGAAGAUGAUCCUUCCAAGCUACGGUUCAACACUAUGAACUGUCGUAGUGAUACCAUGAUGGAGAAGCUGUCCUUUAAAGUGCCUCUGGGAAAGGGAAGACGCUGUGUUGUUCUAGCAGAUGGAUUCUAUGAGUGGCAACGAUGUCAGGCAACAAACCAGAGACAACCCUACUUCAUCUACUUCCCCCAAAUCAAAACAGAAAAGUCAGGCAGCAUUGGUACCGCCGACAGUCCUGAGGACUGGGAGAAAGUCUGGGACAACUGGAGGCUACUGACAAUGGCUGGGAUUUUUGACUGCUGGGAGCCCCCAGAGGGAGGAGACCUCCUAUAUUCCUAUACCAUCAUCACAGUGGAUUCCUGCAGAGGCUUGCUUGACAUCCACCACAGGAUGCCUGCUGUAUUAGAUGGAGAGGAAGCAGUCUCUAAAUGGCUAGACUUUGGUGAGGUCUCAACUCAGGAAGCUCUGAAGUUGAUCCACCCCACAGAGAACAUCACCUUCCAUCCAGUCUCCUCUGUGGUGAACAAUGCCCGAAACAACACUCCCGAGUGUCUGACUCCUGUUGACUUGUUGGUCAAAAAGGAGCCCAAGGCAAGUGCCAGCAGCCAGAAGAUGUUGCAAUGGCUGGCCACAAAGUCGCCCAAAAAGGAAGAUCCAAAAACACCCCAAAAGGAAGAGUCAGAUGUGCCCCAGUGGUCCAGCCAGUUCCUGCAGAAGAGCCCAGUCCCCACCAAGAGAAGCGGUGCAGGACUCCUGGAACGCUGGCUGAAGCAGGAGAAGGAUGAGGAGCCCCUGGCCAAGCGGCCUCACAGCCAAUAAUCCAGGACUUCAGAGACCAAGGCAGGGUUGGCUGCACUAAGUGCCGCUGCUAACAGUUUCUUGCAUUUUGAAUGUGUGUGGGGUGGUGGUGGACGGUGGUGUUUACUCCAAGGAGGUAACACAGUUUUCAUUGCCAGUUACAGGCUCAUGGGGGAGUGGCUAUCCCUGGCCUGACUAGGAACCAGGGUGCGCUGCAGGGCACUUUGCCAGGGCCAGACCCUUCCUCUAGGCUGCUGGAGCCUUUCCUGGAUGUGGACACUGCUGGCCCCCUCACAGCGCUGACCUGGUGCUCCUGGCUGGAGGAUGCUUGCUGCUCAGCCUUUGGGCUCUUUCAUCUUUCAGAAUUAAGAUUUUUAAAGUUCUGGGGUGGUUUUUUUUUUAUAUAUAUUUUUUCCUUUUGUUAUAUUCAUAUAAAUUAAUUUGAUAAACUUUCAACGUUUUGGAAAAUGAUACUAGUGGAGGAGUUCUGGAUUUUACCCAGUUUUCUGGUGGCAUAGUCCUAAGGAAUGGGCUUUGUCAAGAACAGAGGGCCCUGGGGCUCUCUGUUAUUUUGGAAACAAUAAAACUGCUUUUUUGUUUAUUGGAAACAAUAAAAUAAAAACUGCUUUUUUGGAAACAAUAAAAAGUCUUCAUGGGGGGCUCUUUGUUGAGUCUCUUU